AUGGCCAUCCAGUUCAUUGCUCGGCCUCUCACUGAGAACCAGAAGCAGGUUAUCCGCGACCUGGUGCCCAUCCUCAAGCAGGAGGGCGACCAGAUCACCAAUGAGUUCUACAAGAUCAUGGUCCGCAAGUAUGCGGGGAUGCUGACGUUCUUCAACAAGACCGACCAGAAGUUGAUGCGCCAACCGAAGAUUAUGGCGUUCUGUCUUUUACGCUACGCCGAGUGCAUUGACGACUUGACCCCGCUCCAAGACUUUAUCGACCAGAUUGUCAACAAGCACAUUGGUCUUCAAAUUGUCCCUGAACACUACCAGUACUUUGGGGAAGGGCUUAUCGCUGCCUUUGAGGAGAUGUUGGAGGAAGGGGCUACCCCUCAAUUCUUGGAGGCGUGGACAAUCGCCUACGCUAACUUGGCCAAGCUUCUCAUCGAUAUGGAAAACAAGCGUAACGCCUUGCUUCCGUGGACGGGGUUCCGUCGGUUCAAGGUGGUCAAGCUCGUGAUGGAGUCGUCGGCAGUGAGACUGGUCUACUUCACUCCCGAGGACCCCAACCACCGGAUCAUGAUGCCCCAACCGGGGCAAUACGUGUGUAUCCGGUGGAUGAUCAACGGCGAGAUUAUUACUCGAGAGUACCUGGUGCUGUGGAUCCCUCUCGAUAACAUGUACCGCAUCAGCGUUAAGCAUUUACCUAAUGGGCUUGUGCUGGGCCAUGUCCACCAGAAUUUGACUGAGGGCGAUAUCCUCCAAGUGGCGCCUCCUGGGGGUCAAUUCGUGUUCAGCGAAGACCCUCCUCAGUACGCUAAGAAGUGGGUGUUUGUCAUUGGCGGCAUCGGUAUCACUCCUACGAUUCCCAUUAUGCAACGGGCUUUGGAACAAGGGGUUGCCGUGCAAUUGAUGUGGAGCAAUAAGACGUCAGCGGUGCGUCCGUUCGUCACUCAGUUACGUCAAUGGGAGCACCAGUACCCUAACUUCAGUGUCACUGAGUUCCACACCCAACAGGAGCCCCAGGACUUGAUCGGCUCUGAGGGAUACGAACGGCGCAUCAUCUAUGAUGAUAUCAAGCACUUCAAGAACUCUACUCACUACGUCCACUUAGUGGGCCCACGAGGGUUUAUGAACGAAAUCAAGCUGAUGCUUGACGGCAUGCUGUUCACCAAUGUCACCGCUGAGUUCUACGGGCCAACGCUUUUUUUGUUUAUGUAA